UGACUCACGCUUUGGCCAAAGGAAUUAUGGACCCUUUGGGAUUGGACUCUGCAAGGGUAGGGUGUGUUUGUGUAUAAAUACACUUACGACCAGUAUAAAACAGAAUCUUCAGCAAGACUGUAGGACUUCACAUCUGAUAUUGAGAGUUGGCCAUGUCUCAACAGGGUGAAGAAGUUAAGAGGCCUGAGGUAAAAGCAGAGGAUUUGAUUGGAGCCAAGGAUAAAUUGGCAUCUGGAACAGAGAUGAAGAGCAAGACCUUUGAAGUGAUGCAGGAAUGUGAACAGGCUGGGAAGGUCGCGCCAUCCGUCUUCAGCAAAGUUCGCUCAGGAUCUGAGACCGUCUUUAACAAACCCAGCAAGAGAAAGUAACAGUAGAAAACCAGUUUUACUGAAUCGUACAGCUAAAAUAUGGAUUUAUAAAUGAAUUUAAAGCAUUAACAUUGAAAACAACUCUAAACAUCGUCAUCAUUCAACAUUUAGCACAGCUGAUAACCUGCUCUUAAUAUGUACCUAAAUGUACCUUUUUCUAAAACGGCUUUAAACCAUUAAAACAGACUAAUAUAUUUUUAUGAAAAAUAUCCUAGAAUGCUACUUUGCAAAGUUUAUUAGAUAUAGAAGUAAUAAAUAAACUUGUUGGUUUAGUUUUAAAUUGAAAAGAAGUUGAGCAUUUGAUUUUGGGUGAAAAUGAAAUAUCGAUUAUAAAAAAAAACUCCCAUUUACAUUUCACAUUACUAUCAAAAAAAUGAUUUAUUUUCAAAACAAUAAAGAACAGCAGACAGGACAAUGGAAAAACUUAUCCUGCAGGAAAAUGACAAAUCUGGGGCAUGAAACUAAAGAAAUCAGGCUGUCUAAGCAUGUUAAAUAGAGAAUGUAUUAUUUUCCUGUUUUUCUACCAGUUUUUUGACUAACAACAACUGACACAAUUGGGUAAAACAAUAAAGUAGCCAUGCACUGA